UCACUCUGUCGGUGCCAAGCCUUGUUUGAUCGCCCAGAGGUCACGUCUCUCUCAGUUCAACUUCUUCGACGAGAAGCAUGUCGGUCUGUGGCGGAGCCAACAUGGCGUUCUAAAGCUGACGUGGUGUGCCAACUCGAAAUUGGAUCCGUAUGGAGCAACGCCGCUCGGUACUGAGCAACAUGGGAAGCGCGGGGCGGCGCCGCACAGCGCAGGAUCGGACAGGUCGGCCUGCGCCUGCACCAGGCGUGUGGGCUGACCACCGGAGACAUCGACAGCUAUUAAGCAGCCGCAUACGGUGACGUUCAAUGACAGGUUUAUAGGAAAUGGCAGAUGCUGAGGGUAUCCAAUCUCUUGUUUGUGACAAUGGAACUGGAAUGGUCAAGGCUGGAUUUGCUGGUGAUGAUGCACCUAUGGCCGUCUUCCCCAGUAUCGUUGGCCGGCCUUGCCGCACAGGUGCUCCGGUCGGGAUGGGACAAAAAGAUGCUUAUGUUGGUGAUGAAGCACAGUCGAAGAGAGGUAUCCUCGCCCUGAAUUAUCCCAUCGAGCAUGGAGUCGUCAGCGAUUGGGAUGACAUGGAGAAGAUCUGGCAUCAUACUUUCCACAAUGAGCUCCGUGUUGCUCCCGAGGAGCAUCGUAUACUGCUCACCGAAGCCCCUCUUAACCCAAAGGCAAACAGAGAAAAAAUGGCCCAGAUUAUGUUCGAGAGAUUUAAUGUUCCGGCUAUGUAUGUUGCUGUUCAGGCCGUCCUUGCACUCUACGCCAGUGGCCGUACAACCGGUAUCGUGAUUGAUUCUGGUGAUGGCGUGAGCCAUACGGUUCCUAUUUACGAAGGAUGUGCUUUACCUCAUGCCAUUCUUCGGUUGGAUCUCGCUGGCCGUGGCCUUACCGAUUGGCUGACGAAGAUCCUUGCGGAGAGAGGUUAUUCGUUCACUACGACUGCAGAAUGGGAAAUUGCGAGGGACAUCAAGGAGAAGCUUGCCUAUGUCGCUCUUGAUUAUGAACAGAAGCUGAAGACCGCCAACACUAGCUCGGCCGCAGAGAAAAGCUAUGAGCUUCCUGACGGGCAGGUUAUCACGAUCGGGGCUGAGAGAUUCAGGUGCCCGGAGGUUCUCUUCCGGCCAUCCUUGAUUGGCAUGGAAGCCGCCGGAAUCCAUGAGACAACAUACAACUCCAUUAUCAAGUGUGAUGUGGAUAUUAGGAAAGAUUUAUACCGCAACAUUGUGCUCAAUGGCGGAUCAACGAUGUUCCCCGGCAUUGCUGUUCGCAUGAGGAAGGAGAUCGAGGCACUUGCACCGAGCAACAUGAAGAUAAAGGUGGUCGCCCCACCUGAACGAAACUACAGCGUCUGGAUGGGAGGCUCCAUCCUUGCUUCCCUCUGUACAUUCCAGCAGAUGUCGAUAACGAAGGAGGAGUAUGAAGAAUGUGGCCCAGCAAUCGUCCACCGGAAGUGCUUCUAAGCUUAUUUUGGUA